CUACUUAAUCAAAGCAUACUCUUGGUCGCCUAUAUAUAUACUCACGUCUCUCAUUCAUUCAAUAUACACAACAACAGACUUAAAAUCCCAUAAAGACAAGAAGAUAACACACACAAACUUUCUUUCCUUUGUCAAUAGAGAAGAAGUAAAAAAAAAAAAGAAUGAUGGAUACUUUAUCUAGAUGCUCCAACGGACUUCAAGAAAGAUACGAGAGCGUUCUAGAAGCAAAAUCAAUUUACAGAGACGACUCAGACAUAAAGUUGCCUCUGAACGCAUCAGAGGUUUCAGUAGAACCCACCAAGAAGACUCGUUGCUUGGAGAGAGCCAAGAGGAUAGACAAAUCCUUGAGGUUCGAAGAGGAAGAGGAAGAGAUGGCAAAGCCACUGGCCAAGAAAGAAGGUCAGAAGCCACGUAAGGUUGUGAGGUUUCAGUUAGAGAAUAAUAUAAUCAUCGAGCCGAAGAAGCCGGUGAGGUUCGAUCUUUAUCAAGAACCUGAACCGGAGGAGAAGACGCUGGAGGAGAAAGAGGGUUUAAAUAUAGUUAAAGGGAAGGAGGAGGUUGUGAGGAUUAAGAUCAAGAUGACAAAGCAGGAAGCUCAAAGGCUACUAGGAAAAUGCAAAAACGAUAGUGUUUUGGAUUUCGAGCAUGUGGUGGACCAGAUAGCACACGUCCCGGCUCAUCAGCUUCAAGUCUCUAUGGUUGUGGUUGCUUGUAAUAAAGAGCGACAGGAAAAUAGCAGCUGGUUAUCUAAGAUGGAAUAGUUUUUAGUAAUUUUGGGAUUUAUUUACCAAAGUUUUGUAGUGUUAGGUUAGUAUCUCGCUACCUAUCUAUCAAGUUAUCGUGUGCGUAUGAUACUGUUCUAAGUAAGAAUGAACUGGGAAAGAUUUGAAUAUUCAAACAUGAAAUUUAUCA